AGUUGGUAUGACAGUCACUUGUUUGUUUUCUGCUCCUGUUAACUUCAAACGUGUCAAGUUAUGUCUAUGUCAAUAGAGAUGGAAAAUGCAACUUCAGGACCGAUUUUAUCAGUCUCUCACAGUGCCAGACGUUGAGGCCAUAUUUAAAAAUCUUCUCUCGACAACUUCCGUUCUGUGAAAACUUCCUAAACAUGCCUCCUAACAUUUUGUCUAGUAGUUUGCAAAAUGCAUCCUUCAACAUUAUUUUUCAGAUUGGAUGCCGUAUUCUCACCUUCUUGCUAAAUGCUUUUGUCUUACGUCAUGUAAGCCAAGCUGCUGUAGGGGUUAUGAAUGUGCGUCUCCUCUUGUUGGAGUCCACUCUGAUCUUUUUAAGCAGGGAAGCUUUUCGCCGGGCAUGUCUAAGUAAAACCAGUGAACACAAUUGGCCCAAGGUUGUCAACUUAGUGUGGUUUACCGUUCCACUGUGCCAAGUAUUCUGCCUCAUCUUUGGUUACAUCUGGCUAAAUGUACUGUCAGUGCCAAGUACUAGCAUUACAGAACAUUAUACUAUCGGUGUUUGGUCUAUUGCAAUUAGCUGUAUCAUCGAAAUGUGUUGUGAACCUGUCUAUAUUAUGGCAGAAGCAUUUUUAUUUGUUCGGCUUAAGGUUGUGAUGCAAACCAUGUUGGUAUUAGUGCGCACAGUUGCUUUCACGUCAAUAGUUCUUCAUCAGCAAGAUGCUGCGGUUCUUGCAUUUUCUGUAGCUCAAGUUUUGUCCAUAGCAGCCUACACUGUGGGCUACUAUGUUUAUUUUUACUUUUACAUGAAGAACAGGCUCUUGGAGAGGAGUGAAUUGAACAAUCAAACAUCAAAAGGCCGGUCUUCUCAGAGAAAAGACUCCAUCAUUGGAACAGUCUAUGAUUUCCCAUUCAAUUCUCUGAUGGAAUUCCUACCAUCCAAAUGUGAUGAUGAGCCCUCAAUUGAUUACAAAAUGACAAAAUUGACAUGGAGUUUCUUCAAGCAAGGCAUGCUUAAACAAAUAUUAACAGAAGGAGAGCGCUAUGUGAUGACACUCUUCUCUGUUUUAUCCUUUGAAGAACAAGGUGUAUAUGAUGUAGUGAACAAUUUGGGCUCCAUGGCAGCUAGAUUUCUAUUCAGACCGAUAGAAGAUAGUGCAUAUUUUUACUUCUCCCAAAUGAUUCGCAGAGAUCUACCUAUUCCUAAACAAGACCAAAAACAUGUUGCAGAGUGUGUCUUAGUUUUACAACGGCUACUUCGGUGCUUGCUUGCUCUUGGAUUGGUCAUUUUAGUGUUUGGCCAGGCGUACUCUCGUCUCCUUUUACUCUUGUAUGGAGGUUCAGGCCUCAUAUCUGGAACUGGGCCACUUCUCCUGAAAACACAUUGUCUAUCUGUUUUUCUCCUUGCAUUGAAUGGUAUUACUGAGUGUUAUGCACUUGCCACUAUGGAUACAAAGCAACUUGACAGGUACAAUUAUGUCAUGGUGUGGCUUUCCAUUGGGUUCUUGUGCAUUUCUUGGGCUUUCACCAAGCUAUUAGGUGGAGUUGGAUUCAUUCUUGCUAACUGCUGCAAUAUGGCUGCACGUAUAAACCACAGUGUUCAAUACAUUUCGGACCAGUACAAAAACACAGCAUUUAAUCCCCUUCAUGGUGUUAUGCCUCAUCGCAUGUAUUGCACAACAUUAAUAAUUUCAGGCAUCGUAACACAACUCUCUGAAGUAUUUGUUUCUCCUUACUCACUUUUUGGACACUUCAUCAUUGGCGCUGUGUGUUUCUUACUUACAACGAUUGCCUGGGCAUUUGGUGAAAGGGAGCUUGUCCAAUUAGGGUUAGAGAAAUGGAAGCAAAGAACAACGAAAUCAGAUUAAAUUUGACAGGGUAAAUUACCCGGGUGUCAGAUUUUCAAACCGCAUCUGACAUACCAUGUAUUGACCAGCUGGGGUUAUGCUAUGCACACUUUUGAGUUUCUUGAGAUUUUGAAAUAAAAUUCAGGCUAUGCUUUUGUUUUAAGAGGUAGGAUUUUACUAGUUCCAGUGAUAACGCAAAUGUUUAGGCACAAAGACGCUACCGGUUAUUCUUUUGACGCAACAUCGUUUUAUAUUCUUAUUUCUGUUUCAAUUUGACUGUGAAUAGUUUUAAGUGUAUGUAUUUUGAUUAGAGUAAACUUCUUGCUUGACUUCUAGUCAUUCACCCGCGGAUUCAGGGGGUUCGGGUGGAGUGGGGUGGGACAACGUGGGUCACCCCGCAGGUCACUUCUGUACUGUAUCAGCUACUGUAGUCAUAAAUGAUUCGAUCGCAGAAUUAAGUUUUAGAAUAAUGUUGGAUAUUCCAUCAUGGGUUUUAUUUUAAGUUUUGCAUAAGCUUGAUAUGAGCACAAGAUUGUGAUUUCAGAGUAGCAUUAAUAGUAGAUUAGUAAUCUCUGUGGUUGCCUUUUUUGAUACAGCUACAGUGUUUUAUUCUGUGAUUUGAUCUUCCCUUUUUUAACAACAAUAAAAUGAUAGAAAACCAUGA